AUGCAUCGGGCAGUGGACCCUCCAGGGGCCCGCUCUGCACGGGAAGCCUUUGCCCUUGGGGGCUUGAGCUGUGCUGGGGCCUGGAGCCCCUGCCCACCCCAUCCUCCUCCUCGAAGCUCAUGGCUGCCUGGAGGCAGAUGCUCUGCCAGCAUUGGGCAGCCCCCUCUCCCUGCUCCUCUACCACCUUCCCAUGGCAGUAGCUCCGGACACCCAAACAAACCCUAUUAUGCUCCUGGGACACCCAACCCAAGACCCCUCCACGGGAAGCUGGAAUCCCUGCAUGGCUGUGUCCAGGCGUUGCUGCGGGAGCCAGCCCAGCCAGGGUUAUGGGAACAGCUUGGACAGUUGUAUGAGUCAGAGCAUGACAGCGAGGAGGCCAUAUGCUGCUACCACAGGGCCCUUCGAUACGGAGGAAGCUUCACUGAGCUGGGGCCCCGAAUUGGCCGACUGCAGCAGGCCCAGCUCUGGAACUUUCAUGCUGGCUCCUGUCAGCACAGAGCCAAGGUCCUGCCCCCCCUGGAGCAAGUAUGGAAUUUGCUGCACCUUGAGCACAAACGGAACUAUGGGGCUAAGCGAGGGGGUCCUCCAGUGAAGCGAUCUGCGGAACCCCCGGUGGUACAGCCUAUGCCUCCGGCAGCACUCUCGGGCCCCUCAGGAGAGGAGGGCCUGAGCCCCGGAGGCAAGCGCAGGAGAGGCUGCAGCUCUGAACAGGCUGGCCUUCCCCCAGGUCUGCCGCUCCCUCCACCACCAUUACCACCACCACCACCCCCACCCCCACCACCUCCACCCCCACCACCACUGCCCAGCCUGGCUAUUAGUCCUCCAUUUCAGCUGACUAAGCCAGGGCUGUGGAAUACCCUGCAUGGAGAUGCUUGGGGCCCCGAGCGCAAGGGUUCAGCACCCCCAGAGCGCCAGGAGCAGCGACACUCGCCUCACUCAUAUCCAUACCCAGCUCCUGCCUACACUGCUCACCCGCCCAGCCACCGGCUGGUCCCAGCCACACCCCUUGGUCCAGGUCCCCGACCCCCAGGAGCAGAGAGCCAUGGCUGCCUGCCUGCCACCCGUCCCCCCGGAAGUGACCUUAGAGAGAGCAGAGUUCAGAGGUCGCGGAUGGACUCCAGCGUUUCACCAGCAGCAUCUACCGCCUGCGUGCCUUACGCCCCUUCCCGGCCCCCUGGCCUCCCCGGUACCAGCAGCAGCAGCAGCAGCAGCAGUAACAACACUGGUCUUCGGGGUGUGGAGCCGAGCCCAGGCAUUCCUGGCGCUGACCAUUACCAAACUCCUGCGCUGGAGAUCUCCCUCACCAGGCCCGCCUGGGGGCCCUCGGCACACAGCAGUCGGAAACCAUUUUGACAGCCCCUGCUGCUCCUCCCCCACUUAUCCCUGCCACCUGGGACCCCGCCAUCCCCUCCACCCCCCUGUCCUCGCCUCCAACGCCCUCCACCACCCCCUGCUUGGAUGAAGAGCUCAGCCUGCCGCUCAGGCUCGGCCCGAGAGGAUGGAGAGAUCUUAGGGGAGCUCUUCUUCGGUGCUGAGGGGCCUCCCCGUCCUCCCCCGCCCCUUCCCCACCGUGAUGGCUUCUUGGGUCCUCCAACCCCCCGCUUUUCUGUGGGCACUCAGGAUUCGCAUACCCCUCCCACUCCGCCAACCACCACCACCACCAGCAGCAGCAGCAGCAGCAGCAAGAGCAGCAGCAGCCACAGCAGUAGUCCUACUGGGCCUGUGCCCUUCCCUCCACCCCCCUAUCUGGCCAGAAGUAUAGACCCCCUUCCCAGGCCAUCUAGCCCAACACUGAGCUCCCAGGACCCACCUCUUCCACCACUGACUCUUGCCUUGCCUCCAGCCCCUCCCUCCUCCUGCCACCAAAAUACCUCAGGAAGCUUCAGGCGCUCGGAGAGCCCCCGGCCCAGGGUCUCCUUCCCAAAGACCCCCGAGGUGGGGCAGGGGCCACCCCCAGGCUCUCUGAGUCAAGGCCCCCAGCCUGUGCCUCCUGGGGCUGGAGAGCUGCCGGCCCGAGGCCCGAGGCUGUUCGAUUUCCCACCAACUCCGCUGGAGGACCAGUUCGAAGAGCCAGCUGAAUUCAAGAUCCUACCUGACGGGCUAGCUAACAUCAUGAAGAUGCUGGAUGAAUCCAUUCGAAAGGAGGAGGAGCAGCAGCAGCAGGAGGCAGGCGUGGUCCCCCCACCCCCACUCAAAGAACCCUUCGCUUCUCUCCAGCCUCCAUUUCCCAGUGACACAGCCCCAACCACCACCACUGCUGCUGCCGCCGCUGCCUCCACGACCACCACCACCACCACCACCGCCACCACCACCAUCCAAGAAGAGGAGAAGAAGCCACCACCAGCCCUGCCGCCGCCACCGCCUCUAGCCAAGUUUCCUCCACCUCCCCAGUCACAGCCCCCACCACCUCCACCAGCCAGCCCAGCCAGCCUGCUCAAAUCAUUGGCCUCUGUUCUUGAGGGACAAAAGUACUGUUACCGGGGGACUGGAGCAGCUGUUUCAACCAGGCCCGGGUCCUUGCCCACCACUCAGUAUUCCUCUAGUCCUGCAUCAGGUGCUACCGCCCCACCACCCACUUCAUUGGCCCCCGGCGCCCAGGGCUCCCCCAAGCCCUCUGCUUCCUUGUCAUCUCAGUUCUCUACCUCAGGCGGGCCUUGGGCCCGGGAGCGCAGGGCAGGUGAAGAGCCAGCACCAGGCCCCGUGACCCCUGCCCAGCUGCCCCCACCUCUGCCGCUGCCCCCUGCUCGUUCUGAGUCUGAGGUGCUAGAAGAGAUCAGUCGGGCUUGUGAGACCCUUGUGGAGCGGGUGGGCCGGAGUGCCACCCACCCUGCAGACCCGGUGGACAUAGCCGAUCCAGUGGACAAUGGGACAGGGCCACUGCUGCCGCCUCCUGCACAGGCCAAGGAGGAGAGUGGCGGGGCGGCGGCAGCGGCAGCGGCAGCGGCAGCUCCAGGUAGUGGCAAGCGUCGGCAGAAGGAGCAUCGGAGGCACAGACGGGCCUGUAGGGACAGUGUGGGUCGUCGUCGGCCCCGGGAGGGGAGGACGAAGGCCAAGGCCAAGGCUCCCAAAGAGAAGAGUCGAAGGGUGCUGGACCUGGACUUGCAGAGUGAAGAAAUCCAGGGGGAAAAGGCCCGGCCCGAUCUAGGUGGGGCUUCCAAAGUCAAGACACCCACAGCUCCAACGCCCCCACCUGCUCCUGCACCCUCUGCUCAGCCAACACCCCCAUCAGCCCCCGUCCCUGGGAAGAAGACCCGAGAGGAAGCUCCAGGGCCCCCGGGUGUGAGCCGUGCAGAUAUGCUGAAGCUCCGGUCACUUAGUGAGGGCCCUCCCAAGGAGCUGAAGAUCAGGCUCAUCAAGGUAGAGAGCGGCGACAAGGAGACCUUCAUUGCGUCUGAGGUGGAAGAGCGGCGGCUUCGCAUGGCGGACCUCACCAUCAGCCACUGUGCUGCAGACGUCAUGCGUGCCAGCAAGAAUGCCAAGGUGAAAGGGAAAUUUCGAGAGUCCUACCUUUCCCCUGCCCAGUCUGUGAAGCCGAAGAUCAACACUGAGGAGAAGCUGCCCCGGGAAAAACUCAACCCCCCUACACCCAGCAUCUAUUUGGAGAGCAAACGGGACGCCUUCUCACCAGUGCUGCUGCAGUUCUGUACAGACCCCCGGAACCCCAUCACCGUGAUCAGGGGCCUGGCCGGCUCCCUUCGGCUCAACUUAGGCCUCUUCUCCACCAAGACACUGGUGGAGGCCAGCGGCGAGCAUACCGUGGAGGUGCGCACCCAGGUGCAGCAGCCCUCGGACGAGAACUGGGACCUGAGCACAAGGCAGAUCUGGCCCUGCGAGAGCUCCCGUUCACACACCACCAUCGCCAAGUACGCACAGUACCAGGCCUCCUCCUUUCAGGAGUCCCUGCAGGAGGAGAAGGAGAGCGAGGACGAGGAGUCCGAGGAACCCGACAGCACUACAGGAACCCCUCCCAGCAGCGCGCCGGACCCCAAGAACCACCACAUCAUCAAGUUUGGCACUAACAUCGACCUGUCUGAUGCCAAGAGGUGGAAGCCCCAGCUCCAGGAGCUGCUCAAACUGCCCGCCUUCAUGCGGGUAACGUCCACAGGCAACAUGCUCAGCCACGUGGGCCACACCAUCCUGGGCAUGAACACUGUGCAGCUGUACAUGAAGGUCCCUGGCAGCCGAACGCCAGGCCACCAAGAGAAUAACAAUUUCUGCUCUGUCAAUAUCAACAUUGGCCCCGGGGACUGUGAGUGGUUUGCGGUGCACGAGCACUAUUGGGAGACCAUCAGCGCCUUCUGCGAUCGGCACGGUGUGGACUACUUGACUGGUUCCUGGUGGCCAAUCUUGGAUGACCUCUAUGCGUCCAAUAUCCCUGUUUACCGCUUCGUGCAGCGCCCUGGGGACCUUGUGUGGAUCAACGCAGGGACUGUGCACUGGGUGCAGGCUACUGGCUGGUGCAACAACAUUGCCUGGAACGUGGGGCCCCUCACCGCCUAUCAGUACCAGCUGGCCCUGGAGCGGUAUGAGUGGAACGAGGUGAAGAACGUCAAGUCCAUUGUGCCCAUGAUUCACGUGUCCUGGAACGUAGCUCGGACGGUCAAAAUCAGCGACCCCGACUUGUUCAAGAUGAUCAAGUUCUGCCUCCUGCAGUCGAUGAAGCACUGCCAGGUGCAGCGGGAGAGCCUGGUGCGGGCCGGGAAGAAGAUCGCUUACCAAGGCCGCGUCAAGGAUGAGCCUGCCUACUACUGCAACGAAUGCGAUGUGGAGGUGUUCAACAUCCUGUUCGUUACGAGUGAGAACGGCAGCCGAAACACGUAUCUGGUGCACUGCGAGGGCUGUGCGCGCCGUCGGAGCGCGGGCCUGCAGGGCGUGGUGGUGCUAGAGCAGUACCGGACGGAGGAGCUGGCGCAGGCCUACGAUGCCUUCACGCUGGCUCCCGCCAGCACGUCGCGAUGAGGCCGGACGCCCCGCUCGCCCGCCCACGCAGGGCGCGGCGGGGCCACCAGCACACGCCUGGGCUGGACCUAGGUCCCGCCUCUGGCCGGGAAGGGGGUCGGGCCCAGCCCUUCCACCCUUAUUGGCAGCUCCCCUCACUUAAUUUAUUAAGAAAAAACAAUUUUUUUAACAAAUACGAGGAAAAAAAAAAGGAAAAAAAAUGGGAGACGGGGAGGGGCCGGCAGCCCCUCGCCCAGCAGCGCCUCCCCUCACCGACUUUGGCCUUUCUAGCAACAGACACAAGGACCAGGCUCCGGCGGCGG